AUGCUCGUCAGUGUUCCCAAGAGGUACUACGAUUUGCAACGUCUACAUUUCCAGGAGAGCAACUUUCGUAGCGGACUCUCUGGUGUUUAAAUGACCAUGUUUGGUGGCACUAGCACUCUUGGUUCAACUUUCGGUGGUAUGAUGACUCGUAUGGGAUCUCAAGCUAUCUAUCCCUAUAGAUAAAUGGGCUCAUUGUGGGACGAUAGGUUCAAGGAAUUAAAGACCACCGCUGAUUUAGGUUACAAGACAUAUGUUAGACUCACUGAUUUCACUAGUGAGAAAGAAAUUGCAUAUACUAUGAGAGAUUCAAAUGUCGUAGUUUCAUGCAUUGGUUCUCAUGUUUGGAGCAAGCGUGAUAAGGACUUUGAAGACGCAAAUAUUAGAGUGCCAAUGGCAAUUGCCAAAGCUGCUAAGAACAGCAAGAAAGUUAAGAGAUUCAUUUAUCUAUCAGCAGCUGGAGCAGAUCCCAAUUCUCACAGCAGAAGACUCAGAACUAAGUGGCUUGGAGAACAAGAGGUCAAGGAAAUUUACCCAGAAGUCACCAUUCUCAGGCCCACAUACAUCUUCAAUUUAUUGCACACAAAUGUCACAAUCUCAGGCAAGUGGGGAAUGCAAAUGAAGAUGUUCAACAGAAUGAACUGGCUUCCAGAAGGUAUGAACAGCAAAUGCUAACCAGUCUUUGUCAAUGAUAUUGCUCUAGCUAUGCUUAACUGCUUGAAGAUGGAGGAGACCAUUGGUCAGACCUAUGACCUCGGUGGUCCAAAUAUUCUAACUUAUGAAGAGAUAUAUGAAUAACUAUUCAAUCAAGCAGGAAUCAAGCCAUACACUACCGUCGUUAAGCUUGAGGAUGCCUAUGAAUACUAUCACUACAAAUGGUGGUAGUCUUUCUACAGACAACUCUUCAGAACAUGGCUCACUCCUGAGUUCAUGACCAUCGAAGCUCAAGAUCUCGUUUGCAAUCCAAAUAACAAAGGUUUCGAAGAUUUACUCAUAAAACCAGUCAGUUUCGGUAAAAAGGUACCAGAGUACGCUCAAGAUGUCUACUGGCAAUACAAUGCUCAGGAUGUAACAAAGAGAGAAGGUGCUAAUAACUGA